AAGGUGUUUGUGCCAAAUCUUCGAUGCAACAUUGACUUGAAACGGCCUACUGAAAAUUAUAAUACAAAACAGCUUAAUACAUCAAAACGAAUAAUGCUUUUGCCGCAUCGAGUCAAAGAUGGUACUAGUAUGAUGUAAAAGCAUCGAGGUAGAAUAAAAGUCUGUGGCCCAAAACGCAAGCGGUAUAAUUCUGCCGUUACGUAUAUUAGCGUGACGUGACGGCCAAUGUGAAUUGGCCUUUCAAGACUGCGUCCCGCACAACCACGCGAGUUUAAUAGGAAGGUUCUUCGCUAUGUACUCUAUGACCUCAUGAAGACUAGUGGCUGUGUGCAGAACAAUUUUUUUUCUUUUUUUAUCCGCUUCUGAUGACUAAAAUUCUUAGUAAUGUAAGAGGUAAUUUUACCGUAGUUCAUACGUUGGCUAUCCUGUCAUAUCGGCUGGCGGUGACAUUUGUUUGUGAUGGAGGUGUAAUGUUGUUGUUUGGUUCGUACGUACAGAACCCGGUGAAUGUGUCAUUUUGUUCUGAAAUAUGAGUGUGAAAGCAUUUGAGUGUACUUCUGUCAUAGACUCCUUUCACGGCCCGGGAGACAGCGAAAUUUCAAAGAUUGAAUCCAUAGAAUGCUGUGGCAAAGAUCUUUACUUGGGCACGACUGAUAGUUGCAUCAUAAGUUAUGUUUUGGAAGAAAAAUACCAGGAAAAUGGUAACAUUGUGUACAACUGCAGGAAGGUGAAACAUAGGAAUCUUGAACAGAGGAAGCCAAUACAUUGCAUUAAAUCACUGUCAGCAAUAAAUAGACUGCUUGUUCAAUGUGAUACCUCUCUGCUACUUUUUAAUGUUCCUGAAUUGGAUAUCACUGGCAAUGGGCCAAGGAUUCGAGGUGUAACAACAUUUUGUAUGAACCAGAACCCAACAUCUUGUCCAUUUCCACUGGUACAGAUGUGUGUGGCACGAAAACGCCAGUUGCAGGUUUUCAACUUGGCAGAUGACAGGCUGGUUCUUGUGAAAGAGAUAAAUGCAUCUGAACCAGUGCAAAAGAUGGCAAUGAUUGGCCCAUACAUAUGUACAGCUCUGCAGAGUCAGUAUUUGUUGUAUAACUUUGAGACAAAUGAUAUGCAGCAACUGUUCACAUAUGGUGGAGAUAAUUUUCUUCCACUUAUUUGCUCAAUAUCACAGGAUGAAUUUCUUGUUAGUGCACGUGAGGACUUAGGAAUGUUUGUGACGACUAAAGGUAUGUCAGAACGUCCUCCCGUGAGGUGGCCAUGUCCUCCUAUUUCUCUGACAUACUAUCAUCCUUACAUUCUUGGCUUGAAUGAGGAAGUGAUUGUCGUAUAUAGUAUUCUUGAUCAACAACAGAAGCAAGUGAUACCUUUUAGUGGUGGCAGGACUAUCGGUAAUUUUGAUGGUAGACUCUAUGUUAGUUCUGUCACUUCAGUUAAUGCCCUAAUUGCAAUAUCAUGGGAAGAACAAGUUGAGGGGUUGUUGCAGGAUUCAAGAGUUAAUGAAGCCCUCCAGCUAGCACAGAAUUCUAACAUGAGUGGAAUGACAAAGGAAAUGUUUCAGAUGAAGCUAAGGAAAAUUGAGCAGAAAUGUGGAUUUAUUUAUUUUGCUAACUCUGAGUUUGAUAAAUCUAGAGAAAUGUUUGAUAGUGGUGGUAUCGAUGUGCGAGAGGUUAUAUCGUUAUUUCCUGGAUUCUUACCAUCAUCAUCCAAUUUCAUAAGAUCUGUGCCGCCUCUUCAUGGGAUAGCAGAUGUCAACCAGUUGUUUCAUGGAAAUGAACAGAAACUGAAGGCUGCUAAGUCGUUUUUACUGCAUUUUUUGCGAGAUCUUCGUGAUUCUUCAUCUACUAAACAUGCUCUGGAGGUUGACACAGCUCUGUUAAAACUGUAUUCAGAAUUAAAUGCUGCAGAACUUGAAGCCUUUAUUGUUGCGGGAGAAAUUACUUGUGAUGUGAAAGACUGCAGCAGUUGGCUAGAGCGUCAUAAAUGUUACCAUGCACUUGCUCUACUGUACCGUCACUCUCAAGAUCAUGAAAAAGCUCUCUCAGUAUGGCUUAAAAUUAUUUGUGGGGAAUACCAGGACAGCAGUUUCCCAGGACUUCAGUUUUUUGUGGAGUGUUUAGCAAAUCUUAAAGAUACUGAUCUUAUAUGGAGGUAUGCAGACUAUGUCUUAAGCCAAGAUGAAGAAAUUGGUGUUGGUGCUUUCACACUGCGUUCACAAGAUACUCACCAGGAUGGAGCUCUGAAGCCUGACGUGGUCGUAGAAUAUCUUUACCGUUACCCAAAAGCAGUAAUAAAGUACCUCGAAUAUAUAGUACUAGACAAGAAUUUACAGGUUGAAAAGUUUCACACUCAGUUAGCUAUUUUGUAUUUAGAAAACAUUGCAAAGCUCCAAAAAGAUGGAACUUCACCGGAAAAUAUUAAAACUAUUAGACUGAAACUUCAGACAUUGCUUCAGACUUCCAACCUUUGUCGCACGCAGCUCUUGUUGGGGAAAAUGCUUAACAGCAACCUGCAUGAGGAAUGCGCAGUAUUGUAUGGAAAGAUUGAAGAGCACGAGAAAGCUCUUGAUAUUUUGGUGAACCAAUUAAAGGAUUUUAAAGCUGCAGAACUGUAUUGUGAGAAUAAUGCACAAGGAAAGGAACAGAAGUAUCGAAAUGAUAUUUUUUAUACUCUUUUGAGUAUUUAUCUAAACCCUAAAAUAGAGUCUCCAAAGAGGGAAGAAUUUGCAGUUAAUGCAAUAGAAUUGUUGUGUACAAGAGCUGUUGACUUCGAUGCUACCCAGGUUUUACAGACAAUCCCAUCUGCAUGGUCUAUUGCUGGUGUUGAAAUGUUUCUUACAUCCAGCAUAAGAGGUUCUAUGCACAAGUAUCGCAUGAGAAAGGUGGAAUCGUCACUAGCACGUGGUGAAAAUUUAUGUAAAGCAUUUGCAAGAUAUGAUGUAGAACGAACAUCAUGUGUAUUGCAGGAGACAAGUUACUGUUGUGUGUGUAAGAAACCAUUCACAGACAGUACUUUUGCGAGACAUCCAGACAGUGUUCUUACUCACAUUUCAUGUGAUAGAAAAGAUAAUGAUAGUUCUAUCACAAGCAAGCAUCAUAAUAUCCUCGAAAGCAGAUGACUUCUGUGUGUGUUAGAAGCCCUGCAGUAAGCAUACCUAGUCAGUGCAACUGUAUAUGUCAAGAUGUUUUUUUGUAAGUAUCCUCUGUAAUUGUACCAGAGCUGUUAUUCAAGAUGCACUUUAUAUCUUAUACUAUUACUGCAUUUUUAUCUGUUAAUACAGUGUUAGUACGUAUAUUACAUCUACUGCUAUGAAAAUGAAAAGUCGUAGUACUUUAUAUGUAGGAGAUUUGAUAAAGUGAGAAUUGAGAAACACAAUUCACCCUACUGUAAAUGUGAAUUUUUGUUUGUUUAUGUUGACAGCAAUGUUGUUGUUAUAAGAGGUUUCUCUUAGUUUAUUCAUUGGUUUCUGUGGACUUAAGAGAUGUGCUCAUCUGCCAGCAAGAUGUCAUUUCAUUUUAUGAGUUAAUAUAUUUCUGAUAUAUUUGUUUAAUUGGACUUCAGCAUUAGCUUAUUUUAUUUUUUGAAAAAAAUAGUAUUUUUGAAUGUGGUCUGAUCUAUUAAUACAUAGACUCCUGUAACCAUUAUGUAACUGGCAAGGAUGCACGCCAGGCAAUCUAAACAUUGAGAUAUGUUACAGUUUUCUUUGUUUUUUUGUGGUGAAGAUAGAUAUGUUGCAAAUUGAGUAUAUUAUCUUUUCCAGUAUUACUGGAAUAUGUUUUGCUCAAGUGUUUUGUAUUAUGGGAUGUAACUUUGGCCAAGAGAAGUGGACUUGUGAUGUUUUUUGUCUCAUAAUGGCAAAAAGCCAUUAAUUGGCACUUUCUUCAGAGUAAAAUUGUUAUUUUAAAUGUGACAUAAUUGAUACAAAGAAAUGUAUGGACAUUGUAUUAGAAGCUUGUGAUUUCCACCAUAGAUACUCAGUAAGCUCACCAGACAAAAACGUUAAUCACUUAGUGUGUCGAAGUCAGCAUGUGAAGAGUCAUCCUCUAAAGAAAGUGUACCGCGGAACAAUGUCAUAGAGGUUUACCAGUAUGUAGCAGACAUAGCCUACUAAUCUAUAUGGGAUUCACAUCAGACUUGCAGCCAAAAUACUAUCAUGGUGGACUGGGACUGAUUGUCGUAAAAUGAAAUCAUGGUGAACUGGGACUGAUUGUCGUAAAAUGAAAUCGUGGUGAACUGGGACUGAUUGGUUGUAUUCUGGUUUGAGGCUAAAAAUCUUUGCAAUGAGCUGGAAGUAUGUGCAGGACAUCAACACAAAUCCUUCUCAACCUUUUUGUGAGCAAACACACUGUAUGAAGUCACCAUGUAUGAACAUUUGAAACAUUGUUUUGAGCAAGAGGCCUUUGCUCUCUUCCACCAACAGUGUUGCUUCUUUUGCAGUGGGUGAAGAUAUAGCAACAAUGAUGUGGAUGACUGAAAUUGUAUUUGUUCAAAUGAAUCACUCUUUUGCCUAUAUCUCAACUGUAUUUGACAUUGUGUUCAUCACAACUCAAGAGUAGCCUGUGUUUGCUACAUAUUGGUAAACUGCUCAGUUAGCAAAAAUGUUUCUUUCUAGAUAUCUUGAAUCUGAAUUACAACACAAAGCUCCCAGACAACCAGGUUUUCUUGUUUGUACAUUAUCUUAAUGAGGACUGCAAAGUUUGAUUAACAGUGGACGUCAGGUCGUAUAAUAAAAUGUCAUGUCAGAACAUACCUAGUGUAUAUCAAAUGGAGUCAAACACACCAACCUCUCAGGUUUUCAUGGUUUGAUUGAUUGGUGGUGUGCUUCUGGACAUUUAGCUAAGUUGUUUACAUUUUAUGCACAAUAAAUAAACAUGUCAGAAAACCUAAUAAACAGGGAUGGAGGUUUCAGUUUAAAUAAAGCUUGGGGUCAGGAACUCAAUUUAUUAAGAUCUCACCAUGUGUCACAUCAGCUGUAGCUGGGAAAUGCUGAGAUAAUGUGCAUUUCACAGAACACAUCAGAGGGUUUAGUGGGCAACAUUAACAAACUCGGCUGUAAACAGCCACAUGAGACCAACAAAAGUUCAGUCUGGUUGGAGUCCAUGCUGUGAGUACACCCAAAUUGGACAAUUCGAAGCACCUGGUUGUCGAAAUAUUGCACAUAAGCUGGAAACAACAACUUGACUGAACACCCAGAAGCACAAUAUUAACUAACACCAACUGUCAAUAUAAUGGAAAGGGAUGCCAACAGCUGAAACGUCACGAUUCUGUAGAAUAAUGUCUUUAUAUUGUUGGGACAGUGGAUGACAUGACUCCUUAGUUCUUUGCCUAGAUCUGAUGUUAACCUAUUUUCACUGCACUUAUGUAUGUGAAAUCUCCAUUAUUUCAUUCACACUUGCACAGUAAAUAUCUAUUGCCAUAACUAGUUUAGACUAUGUAUGUCAACUUAAAAUAGGCCCAAAACCAAAGGAAGUCUAUGGUAAACAUGUAUCAUGUAGAUUUUUACUGUUUUAUAAUGGAAACUGAUGUGUAAUUUUGUGCUUUUAUGCAGUAUUGGAAAACUAGUAUUGUGUGUUACUAUACAUGUAACUUUCCUGAAACAGCACUAAGUAGCAGUAAUAGGAGGUUCUCUUUUAUGAAUAUUAGCCCCAUGUGGGUGAAGAGUAACCUUAUCUGUCAGUUGGUGUGAAGCAGUAGUAGUAUGAGGACAUUUGUGAUUAUGAGAGACAUGGUGUAUAAGCUGAAAAGCGCAUUAGUUGUGAUUUGAGGUACACAUUUAUUUAUGUUGUUUCUGAGACUUCCUUUAUCUCUAGGGGUAUAAGAAGACAAUUUAUGUUAAACUUGUUUUCACUAUAAAUAAAAUAUCACUUGCUAUGUUCUUUCUUUGCCAAUCAUAGCAAACAGGAACAAGUACUUACUUAUAUUAAGAUGUGGAUUUUGUACUUCUUAAACUUUGCUUGCCCCCACCUCUCCACAGCCCUUGGACACAUGUUUUAUGAGAGGUGAGUGUUUUUUUC